GCAAUUAGUAGUUAUCCGGUCAUUUAUUUUYAGUGGAUAAUAUAUUGGCUGUGAACACUCAUUUGUGAGAUCCGCCCGGAUGGAGCAAGGUAAUGGGACUUCUGGAGCUGGUGACAGUGCCUCACACGUCUCGCCCUACUGCGGUGACCUGCUGGUCAACUUGCACGACGUGUACGUCCACUACCACGGUUACGCCAGCCUGUUGGUGUGCGCGUUYGGUUCGGUUGCCAACGUGCUAAACAUCGCAGUAUUGACACGCAAAGAAAUGGUCUCGCCCACCAACGCCAUACUCACCGGACUGGCCGUGGCCGACCUUUUGGUCAUGGUCGAGUAUGUUCCGUUCGCCUAUCAUAUGUACCUCCGGCCCGCCAACUAUCCACGUGCUGACCGCUUCUCCUACAACUGGUCUCUGUUCGUUUUACUUCAUUCGGACUUUUCUCAAGCAUUCCACACCAUAUCCAUAUGGCUAACGGUCACACUAGCUGUAUGGAGAUACGUGGCUGUAGUGCAUCCGCAGAUCAACCGGAUAUGGUGCCGGAUGGAGACCACCCUAUCGGCAAUCGCGUUGGGCUACCUUGUGUGCCCGAUCAUCUGCAUACCCAGCUACCUAUCGUUCAACCUGUUUUCCCGAGURGAGAUAUUGGACGCGAACGGUAACCGUCCGACAUCGGUACUGCAGUCAGCGCUUCGGCGGGCCAAUAAUGGCACCGAUGUGCACAGUGGUCAUGGUAUCGGUGGAGGAAGCACCAACGGAGGAGGCUUUGGCAUAGGCACCAGUGGAGGUGGUGGCGAAGGUAGUGGAGGCAUAAACGACAGCCAUAGUGGCAUCGGACCACUGCGCAACGUCACCCUAUACUACGUCAACGUCAGUGACCUGGCCACGUCCACGUAUCUGGCUGACAUCAAUUUCUGGGUGUAUAGCGUCGUCAUCAAAAUUAUACCGUGCGUGGCACUAACCGUUCUCAGCCUGCGGCUGAUAUGCGCGUUACUGGAGGCCAAACGUCGCCGGGCCAAGCUGACAGGAAGUGGCCGUAAGUCAGCCGACAAGGAGCGGCAGACAGACCGGACCACCCGGAUGUUGUUGGCCGUGCUCUUGUUGUUCCUGAUCACCGAGUUCCCACAGGGCAUACUAGGCCUGCUCACGCUGCUGCUCGGCAAGCGGUUCUUUCAGGACUGCUACCAGAACAUGGGCGAGGUGAUGGACAUGUUGGCGUUGGUCAACUCCGCCAUCAAUUUUAUACUGUAUUGCGUGAUGAGCCGGCAGUUCCGCAACACGUUCAGUUUGCUGUUCCUGCCUUCCUGGAUCUCUAAGGCCGAGUCACAGGCUCUGUCACAUGGUAACCCGACCACCACGCAAGUGACGCAAGUCUAAGGUGACAGCUUCGUUACUAUCCUUGAUCCCCCCCUCACUGUUGAUCCAUCGUCGUUGUCAUAGGGUGUACGUGACACACAUCACACAACACUCACCACCCGCUGACCGCCAACUCCGACAACGGUAACGACCACGAUAAUAUUAUAACGUAUAUAKGCCAUGAUUCAUCAAGGAUGAUCAAUUCUCAUUUUUAAAUAAAUACUAUAAAAUAUUUAAUCUAUUCAAAUUCUGAUAUUUAGAAUUAUCAUGUAUAUUUGCAUAAUAAAUAGCAUAUUUUCAACUACUCAGAUUUCUUAUACUUUUUGAUUAGGUGUAGCCUAUGAUGAUAUCAACUUUUGUAUUUCGACUGAGAACCACUUUUUUUUGUACUGUAAACUAUUUAGCAAUUAAUUUUUGUUUUUGGAAUUUUCAUGCAAGUAUCUAAAUAUUGAA